AUGUCAGCUGACUACUGCGAAGGGGUCCUCAACACCCAGUACCCCUACCUACCCAACUCUUCCUCCAUCUCUCAACAACUAAACUGUAGCUCUUACAUCUACGAACAGGGAAUCAGGAUACCAUGGGAACGGGGUAUCAGUAUCACCAUCCUUCUCAUUGGCAUCCUGAUCGGCCUGAUCGGUAACACCAUGGUGAUAAUGUCUUCGUUAAAAUACGGCACCUUUAAACUAGACCGGGUGACGAUAGUGUUGGUGAGGAACCUGGCAAUAGCGGACCUGAUGUUGGUGUUUAUGUACGAUAUGCCGCUGUUGGUAACCCAUCUGGCUAGGAAGUGGGUGCUGGGGGAGCACAUGUGCUAUGUGGUGGGCUUUGGGUUUGUGGUUCCGGGUUGUGCUAACAUGGCUUUUGUCAUGCUCGUCUCUUCGCACAGGUACAUACGGUGCAAAUGGCCGCUGAAAGCAGGUCUGAUAAACCCGAACCACACCCGGAUAAUGGUGUUUACCCAGUGGGCUAUCUGUCUUCUCCUUUGGGUUGGUUACGCAGCUGCUGCCAGGGUCAAACUGGAGUUCAACAGAAACAUCAUGAUUUGCGUGUACACGUUUGCAGAUGCUGAGCGAAUCCCACAUUUUCUCUUCAUGAGUAGCACGUUAGUAGCGUGUGUUGUCACUUUGUUCACUAAUGUGUCAAUGUGGAACAUUGUGAGGAAGUGUGGUGAGAAGAAGGUGGUUCCCACUGCAUCUCUUAAACGGAAAUCAGACUUGCAAACCAAACAAUCAUCAGUCCUACUGAAAGAAGAACCAUCAGGUAGCUUACUCAAACAAGAGGAAUCGUCAUCAGGUAGAUUACUAAAGAAGGAAGGAUCACCAGAGAGCAUGGUGAAGAAAAAAGAAUCUUCAGUUAGCAUCCUGAAGAAAUGCGAAUCAUCGAUCAGCAUCCUAAAGAAAUGCGAAUCAUCAAUCAGCAUUCUGAAGAAAGGACCAGAAAGACAACAGAGCAGCUCUAGUAUUCAGACCAAGGCUCUAAUAACGACGAGUGUGGUGACGUCACUAUUCCUCAUUUCCUGGUCACCAACCCUAGUUAGGGUUUAG